AUGAAUACCUAUCGCUCGUUGCCCGCAUGCAUGGACGAUGUCGCUGGAACGGAUUCUUUGGCCUCGAAAGUCUUACACACACAUCCUCUCAACUUAGGCCUGCAGGCGUCGUCACUACCUCAAUGGCGACACCUCUUCCAAUCACAACCACACGCCUUUGCGGAAGCGGCACUCUCCCCAGCAAAAUAUGCGAUGUUUCAAAUACUUGGAAGCGUGGUCUUUCGCGCUGUGGGCAUCAUUGAUGCAAGCGCUACAAUACGCACUUGGGUAAAAAUUGGGUCAACGGGUGGCGCAGUGCUCACGAUCGUAUACCUCCUCUUGCUUCUUGCACGAGGGGUUGAGGAGCCCGACGACAUCACAGAAGAUACGAGCAGCGGGAGACUCCGCGGCUACGCCUCACUUCUAUGCGAGGAGAUAUUUUACAGCACAGUCGCAGCCGUCAUCGGUUCGUUGUCAAUUGGCAUACAAACUCAACAAGACCUUUGGCUCUACGCGGCGGCCAGCGCCUCUGGGCCCCUGCUCUUCCUUUUCCUUCUGUUUACCGUGGCGUUUGCGGUGUUGGGUUUGUUGUGGGCAUGGAGGAAGGUGGGAGAUUAUAGGUAUCGCGGCUACUGA